GCUCGGGACCCUUGGGCUGCGCGCGGCGCGGGCGGUGGGCGCAGCGAGGCGCGCGGGCGGGUGAUGGGAAGUGCAGCUGACAGCAGAACCGGGUCUGGCCGAUAGCGCCGGUUGGUCGGACCCGAGCCACUUGGGACGCCGGCCUGCAUUCCCCUCUCCGGCUCCAAAUCAAAACGGCUUUGCGGCGGGGCAAGGCUUUUCCGCUUUCCGGGGGCCGUGCGUUGCGGGGAAGCCCCCGCACUUAGGAGGAAGGAGAGGUCUGGGGCAGCACCCUACUCCCCACCCCCAGAGUUCGGGCUCCCUUGUUUUCGGGUGGAGAUGGACCCCAGGGGCGAGAGAGCCGGGUUGCGUUCGGGCCCGCGGGAGCCGGGCAGGAAGGGGUUAAGGCGGCGCUCGCAGCGGCGGCCGGCUGGUGGGUCCGGUCCGCAGGCGCGGAACCGAGCGCGGAGCGCGCCUGGCGGAAUCCCGGCCGGAGUCCGGGCGGUGGGGAGAGGGCCCAGACCCCUCCCCGCCCUGGGGGCGGCGGGAUUGGGCCGGCAGGGGGCCAGCCCGGAAGCCGGCUUCCUCCAGGCUCCCCCUCUCGCCGCUGCCAAGCCGCCUCGCAGCCGGGCUGGCCGGGCGUUCGUUCUGCGCUCCCUGCCGAGACGGGAGGGAUUUUCUCUUGGGGAGAAAUCGGUGGUCGGGCGCCUGCCCAGAUCAAAUGCCACCCUGCUCGGAGGGAAGCCUGCAACCUGGGCAUCCCCUAGAGAGAGCAACGUCACACCUCCUGAGGACAGCCAGGAGGACUCUGGCUUUUGCUGAACUUUGCAUCUUGCCUCCUUCCUUCCAAAGGCUCCGGACCCAAGUUCAGCUGCCCUGGAGUCCUGCGUGUCCCUGGCCAGGCCCUCCACUGCCCCUCCAGGCCAGCCCAGUUCUGGAGCUCACCUCCAGGACCUGGAGCCUGCCCUCCUGCCCAGAAUGACUCACCAUUAUUUCUCGCUCAAGUGAGAAGGCGUGAUGGGCAGCCGGGCUGCCUAUUUGUGUAUCUAGGAUUCCCACAGUAUCUGAUCAGCUCUGCGAGGAAGAGAGCUUCAGGUUCCUGCCUUGCCAGCCAAGCGAGGCUGUCUCUCCAGCUCUCAGAGAGCCCACGGGCUCUCCUGCAGGAACCCAGGCCAAUGCUUCUGUGUUUCCUGGGGCCAUAAGCGGUACCCUGAGCUCCCUGCCGCCAGGCAGCUGGAAGGCAUAGUGUGAGGCCCUUCUCUCAGCCCCAAUUAUGACAGUGGCCACCGGAGAGCCAGCGGACGAGGCUGCUGCCCUCCCCGGGCACCCGCAGGACACCUAUGACCCCGAGGCAGACCACGAGUGCUGUGAGAGGGUGGUGAUCAACAUCUCGGGGCUGCGGUUCGAGACCCAGCUGAAGACCUUAGCCCAGUUUCCAGAGACCCUCUUAGGGGACCCAAAGAAGCGGAUGAGGUACUUUGACCCCCUCCGAAAUGAGUACUUUUUCGAUCGGAAUCGCCCCAGCUUUGAUGCCAUCUUGUACUAUUACCAGUCUGGGGGCCGGCUGAGGCGACCUGUGAACGUGCCCUUAGAUAUAUUCUCUGAGGAGAUUCGGUUUUAUGAGCUGGGAGAAGAAGCCAUGGAAAUGUUUCGGGAAGAUGAAGGCUAUAUCAAAGAGGAAGAGCGUCCUCUGCCUGAAAAUGAGUUUCAGAGGCAGGUGUGGCUCCUCUUUGAAUACCCAGAGAGCUCGGGGCCUGCCCGGAUUAUAGCUAUCGUGUCUGUCAUGGUGAUCCUGAUCUCAAUCGUCAGCUUCUGCCUGGAAACACUGCCCAUCUUCCGGGAUGAGAAUGAGGACAUGCAUGGCGGCGGGGUGACCUUCCACACCUAUUCCAACAGCACCAUCGGGUACCAGCAGUCGACCUCCUUCACUGACCCUUUCUUCAUCGUAGAGACCCUCUGCAUCAUCUGGUUCUCCUUUGAAUUCUUGGUGAGGUUCUUUGCCUGUCCCAGCAAGGCCGGCUUCUUCACCAACAUCAUGAACAUCAUCGACAUUGUGGCCAUCAUCCCCUACUUCAUCACCCUGGGGACAGAGCUGGCCGAGAAGCCGGAGGAUGCCCAGCAGGGCCAGCAGGCCAUGUCGCUGGCCAUCCUCCGUGUCAUCCGGUUGGUAAGAGUCUUUAGGAUUUUCAAGUUGUCUCGACACUCCAAAGGUCUCCAGAUUCUAGGUCAGACCCUCAAAGCCAGCAUGAGAGAAUUGGGCCUCCUGAUAUUCUUCCUCUUCAUCGGGGUCAUCCUUUUCUCUAGUGCUGUCUAUUUCGCAGAGGCCGAUGAGCGAGACUCCCAGUUCCCCAGCAUCCCGGAUGCCUUCUGGUGGGCAGUCGUCUCCAUGACAACCGUAGGCUAUGGAGACAUGGUUCCAACUACCAUCGGGGGAAAGAUCGUGGGCUCCCUAUGCGCGAUUGCAGGUGUGUUAACCAUUGCCUUACCGGUCCCCGUCAUCGUGUCCAACUUCAACUACUUCUACCACCGGGAGACAGAGGGAGAGGAGCAGGCCCAGUACCUGCAAGUGACGAGCUGUCCAAAGAUCCCAUCCUCCCCUGACCUAAAGAAAAGUAGAAGUGCCUCUACCAUUAGUAAGUCUGAUUACAUGGAGAUCCAGGAGGGGGUAAACAACAGUAACGAGGACUUUAGAGAGGAAAACUUGAAAACGGCCAACUGCACUUUGGCUAAUACAAACUAUGUGAAUAUUACCAAAAUGUUAACUGAUGUCUGAUGGAAACCCAUUACUAUACUCGCAGCUCCAUGGAACUAAUGCAGAUCUUGCGUAAUAGCCUGCAUUGUAGUCAGUGUGUUCUACAGUGUGUAUCUGGUUCUGCAUGGAAAGCAAUAGUCGUGCAAGUGACUUUUUGAUCUUUUGAUUUUGGAUUUAGAGCACAGAGUAUCUGUCCAUGGCUUUCAUGCAAAUCUUCAUCACCGGCUUAGGGGUUUCCAAACGGGGGGGUCACCCAUGGAGCCAGAAUUUCAGAAGGACACGUUGGGGCCACCUCAUAUCAAAUACAUAACCCACUGCCUCAAUGCCACCUUCCCUUCCAAGUUAGAUGCACACGGCACCCGGGAGAUGCACCCCUCCCCCACCCCAGCCUCCGGGUCCCCGGCACCAUCAUCCCAUAUGAGCCCACCUCCCCCUUCACAGAGGAAAACCAUGGUGGCUUAGCUUUAAAGCGCUGGUAAUUGUGCAAAAGGUCAUUCCCAUUUUUGCAUCGAAAAGCACGCACAGGCCUGUGUAUUGGAAUUACUUACUGUGUCACGGGCUGGGCUUUGUGAGUUGCAGUUGCCAAGUGGAUGGUCUGGAGGCUUGUGUUUCGUAACGGAAAAUGCUGCAUUUGGUUUUUCUCUGCAGUGUGGAUGUGAGGGAACCCCAGGGGGGAGGGACGGUGAGUAUGGCCGAAUGUGAGUUGUCAAGUUUCACAUUUGCUCUUAGGCCUGUGGGGAGAAGCUAGCAAGCCAAGGGACCUCUCGGCUUCAGAUCUCACCAUUUUUGCAGGCUUCAGGGUCACACAACACGUCUGAUUUCUUCGUUACACUGGAGUUUGCAGACAUCUGCUUUCCUAGUGCCGUGCCAGCGGCACUGACACCGCAGUGAAAUUACCAGUGAUGCGAUAGAGCUGCAUGGGUGUUUCUUGCAUGAAUCUCAAUAUUUAAAACACAGGAGAUAACCUAUUUUUCUUAGUAACCUACACAGUAUUCAUAUUUAGAGUAUUAAUAGUCCCAGAGUGGCAUUGAACUAGGGUUUUUCCCCCCCCAUCGGAGGACAAAAGCCCUCAAUCAGGAGAAAAAAAAAAAAAGAGACUAUUUGGCAUGGGGAACCAAAACUUCUGGCUCUCCAGCCCACGCCAUCCCUGUUCUUCCAAGCUGGGGCACAGACCUCUGCGAAGCCAGGAAAGUGAGCAGGGAACAUAGCGCCUGAACACCUCACAUAACUGCACCUUAGGAAUUAACCUGGUCAUGGGCAUGACUCUAUAGCUGACCAGGGCAUCUGGUCUCGAGGACAGGCGGAUUUGUGGAUCCAGUGUAUAUAAAUAUAUAUUGAGUAUCUCUUUCAUGAGUUCCUCUACCUAGCUAGCUAUAGGAAAAAAAAAGUUGCAUUUGAACCUUGUAUAAGCUUAUGCAAUAUUUUGGACACAGGGCAAUUUAUGCAUGUGUUUGACUAUGUGCACUAGAGUAUGUAUGUAUAUACUAUGUAUUAUAUACAUACAUACGUACGUGUGUGCAUAUGUUUGUGCACACACGCACACACACACACACACACACACAUAUUCAUUCUCUGGAGUUCAGGUUCAGGAGCAAAUCCACUGCUUGGUGGGUUGGUCGUCUGAGAGGCCUAAUGGGUUAAUUUCUCUCAUCGGUAACCCGACUGGGCCUGGGUUUGCUGCCAUUGCCUCAGACACUCCAGUUUCACGGAUUCUUCGAUGUUACAGUUGUCUCUCUGCCCUCCAUGUGCUGCAGCUUCAGUUUCCCGGGGCUGAAGCUUGUCUUACCGAGUGCACAAGGGCCCACGGCCCUCCCAGCUCCAGCUGCCCUGGGCCAGACCCGCCCCAGGCCUUGUCUCUACAGCACAUCAUGUUAAAUCAUCUCUGUUGUCAUCUUUCCCCACCCUCUUUGGUCUUUAUUGUCACUUGGCUCUGCAUCAGUCACUUUAAAUGAACCUUUCCCUAAAGACCCAGCACGGAUUGCCUGCUUCAGAGCAAGGACACCAGGAGGAGGGCUUCUGGGGACCCGAGAUGCCACAAGUCUGGACUUGAAAGGGAGCUUGCUCUACGUGGAAAUUUCUGAAGUCCAGGACCAAGGCAUGGAGACCCUAGAUGACCCACAGUCGUCAUGUGGAUUGCCAGGCUCAAACUCUCUCCUCAUUGAACUGGCAACCAAGGGGGUGGAUAGAGACUCAUUCCCCACCCCCAGGACAGACUGAGAGUGAAUGAGCACCGCACAGCCUAAAGGUAGAGUUCAGGCUGGCCCUGGAAUGGGUUGAGGUGGGGAGGCUUUCGCCUCACAGACUGGGCUUCUUCCUUUCAACAUAAUGGCUUAGAUUUCCCAAACACAGUGAGUUGUGCGGUCGGGCUGCCCAGUCAUGGCUCCAGCCCUAGCCUCGCUGUUGGCUACUGAGCACCUACAGUUACCUGGGGGGAGUGGGGCACCAGCUCAGGGUGCUAGGCCCAGGGUGCUCAUUAGUUCCUGGUCACCCACAUCCUCGGGUAUCUGCAGGACACCCCAUGCCCAGCGCAAAGCCUCUAUGCUUCUCUUCCUCUCCUUCAUGGGAGGUGGUGCUGAAUUCCCAAGACAUGGGAUGGGGAGGACACAGACCUAGGGGAACAGAUGAUAAAACAGUCCAUACCUAAGGCCUCCGUCAGGGGGUAGUCCUUUUAUCCCAGCGUCUUUGACCUGGGACCAUAAAAUGUUCACAGGUGCAGGCACACACAUGUGCACGCCCAGCCCCAAAUCGAUAGGUACACUGUUGCCACACACAAACGCAAAAUGCACACGCACCAAUUAAUGAAAAGGGCACACACAGGUGAUACACAGCUACACCCGUAUCCAAAGCGUGCACAUUCGGCACAGACCUGGAACGCACUCACCAACACAGAACACAACACAAAAGACCAACACCAUGUGCAAAGACCUACCUGCAACUCAGAUGCAAAAUGCAUAAAAACCACACGGACACGAUGGGUAUGGAUGUGAGAUAUACCAAGGACACUUUAUGUUGUUUAUGCCCACAAAAUACACACAAACUCAGUUUAUACCCACAAUGCAGUUACUCACACGAGGCACAGAAGAUACAGCACACACACCCAAGCACAUCCACUCAUGAUUCACAGGGAGCGUGCACAUAUACUCAGAUCCAUUUCUCUGCCCCCAGAGCUGCAAAUUAAUAGACACAAACAACAGAUGAAAUUGCAUCACUUUUCCCUAGCCUGCAUCUGUACCUCUCAGUAGCCUUCAAGAGGCCUCUUCCCCUACCCUCUUCUCUUUCUCCCACCUCCAGAUUUCAGAGAAGUAACCCCCAGGUUUGAAGCAGAGAGAUGGGCCCCCGUUGUCAAGCAGAACUCUGAUUAAGACUGGGAGUCUCAGAGGGCUUCUACUUACUCACCUUCCUCCCACCAGAAACGCGGGUGUGGAAGGACCUGGGACAGCCAGAAACCUAACACCUUCACCAUGACCUUUCCUUGGGAGCAAGUCCACACGGGCAGCCCCCUAGCCCGGGCUCCCCUGCUCCCAACCCCUAGGCUGUCUACAUUCAUCUCCAUUCUCUUGAAAGCCGUUGAUGGCUCAAGAAACUGCAGGGACCUGGGCCCAAAACCAGAGUAAAGAUGCCCCCCAACAUCCAUAGACCUUCCUGUCCUUCCAUCCCCCAGUGGCUUUGUCAGGAGUGGGUCAGAAAGUCGAGACCAGACGUAGACUUGUCUCUUAAAAUGAACCGCUUUUCCUUGCUUGUGGCAUCUCACUUGCUCCUGGGCAUCAGCCCAGUGGGGUCAACUCCUGAGUCCCUUCUGUGGGUGUUCAAUCCCAGGCAUGCUCCUUUCCUUUGCUGGGCCCCUGCCCGGAUGCCCCACCUCCCAUCCGAUGGCUGCGCCUUGAGGAAAUGCACACAAUUAGUGUGCUUUAAGUAAAACACGAUUAAGGAUGUGAACCUCAUGCCGCACAAGCAAACAGCAGUUUUUUAGAAGGCCUGAUUUUUACCCUAUAUUCUAAGUCCACGUUUGAAUGCUUUGUGAGACUCCCCACUGUCUGGAUUGCACCCCAAGCUGCUGCUUCCCACCGCUAGGACUAGCUGAGAGCUGGGUGCUUUUUAGCAAAGGCUCCACGCAAAUGGAAGUUGGGAAUGGAAGUCAGGUGUCAGGCUCAGGCAUCUUAGUCUCUACUCCUGUGGCCGUCCCUUGUCGCUUUCCUCCGAAUGACAGAGGAAGCAACAGCACCAGGGAAUGGAUGGGGGGAGGGGUUCAAAUUUGCACACUUGGUGCAAUAUGCUGGCUCUUUCCCAUAUUCCCAAGUCAGGGCAGCAAUUUCCCCCUUAGCUUCAGCAGGUGUCUCCGUGAGCUCAAAUCUUCAAGAAAGUUGGAGUUUGCAGGAGGCUAAAGAGAAAGAAGUCCAGGAAAGGUGGGGGAGAUGGUCAGGAAGACAAGGUCAAAUUUCAGAGUAAACUUUGCAGGAGCUGAACUUAACUAAGGACGUAAUUAAGGCUCUCUGCUUCCCGAAGCUUCCGUGGUGUUUGACACACUGUCUUCCUUCCUCUCUGCUUCUCUCUGUCUGAGCUGGACUUCUGAGGAUAGACAAGGCAUGUCAACAGGAGGUUAACUUUUUGGAAGGGGCCCCCAGGGAGUGUGGCUCUAGACUCCAUUGGCUUGAUGUGGAAAGGGCUCCGUGAAAGCUUUGUUGGCCUGAACCCCAGCCUGAGCGCUCGUGCAGCUGCUUCAUGUGAGGAGGGUUGCAGGACUGGCUUGUCUUAUCUGCUGUCCCUGGAUCUCUCAUUCCAUUGUAGUGAGGACUUUGGCCAACUUACUUCGUCAUAGUUAGCCGUAAAAUAUCAGUGCGAACUCACACUGAGAGAGGACAGUGCUCUCCGAAGAAGUCUCCAGCUGGGGCUUUAGUGCAGCCCACAGUAGUGGCGAAAAGAGGGGGAGGCUGACUUUCCCCAAAGGAGACUAGAGGACAGUUUGCAAAUCGCAUAGCCCCCAUGGCAGACAGGAGGAGCAUGGUGCUUUGAAUGGCUUACCCAGGAGUUGGGAUGGUGAGCUCUGCCCAAGCUCUGGCUCUUCUGGGUCCCAUUAUCAUAACAGCCUCCAUCUGGGUGAUGGCUGCCUGGUCUGAGAGGCUGGUCCACGUAGGCUAUAAUGCCCGGGGUGCUCCUUGGCUAUACAGUGGGGGUUCCCCAGCCUCGGCAAAGUGUCCACCGCCAGGCUUGAACUCACGACCUUAACCCCGAACGUCAUUAGCCACCUGAGCUAACCUAGCAGAGCGCUGGAUGCUGGGAGGUGUCCACAUGGCUAGUGUGACCAUCAUCUGUAUCUUCAGAGUCUUCCCUUGUUGAGACCAGCUCUUUGUCCUCAUCAAAGCAGCAAGCAGGAUGUGAAGGGUCCUCUACAAGCUGGGAUGGGUUUCUUCUUCAAACUAAUCCGGUUCGCUUUUCCUUUCUUUCUGCUUCCCUUCCCACCAAAGCUCAGUUCCAUCUCUCAUGGUUUGUGUUUUAAAAUAUUUUUAACGAGGAAAAGUGCAAUAAAAUAAAUGGCGACUGUUUUCUUUAGCAAUAGCUAUUUCAAAACCACAUUCUCAGGACUGAAAAGUGAUAGUACUUGGAUUAUCAGAUAAUGCCCUUGGCUUCUGAGCGUUGUUAGUUCACUGUGGUUCCCUCUUCUUCCCGUGUGUUCACGUGGCUCCUGUCCUCUGAGGCCCUGACCCUCCUUUGAAAUGUAAACUUAUGCAGAGGUGCAAGUAUGCACAAGGAACCCCUCCCACCACCACCACCAAAGGCUUUCUUUGUCUCUCUCCUUCUCAUGUGUACUUCCCUUUCUGUUCCUCUCUCCCUCCUGCCUGCCCCUGUCUGUUAGCUCUCACAUGUCAUUUUCGCAACCUGUAGGCACUGAAACCUUGAGUUUGAAGUGCCCUCACGGCAGCCCAUCUCGUUGACUCUCAAUCUGGCGGGGUGUAAUGGAACCCUGCAGGAAAGCACUUACCAAUAGAUAAGAAUAAAGCAUCCUGAGCCAUUACAGAAGAUCAUUUCCAUGCACUAAAAGCCAUUACUUGAUCCAUUUGUCUGGCCUCCUCCCCUCCCCAGGGGGAAGGAUGCUGGGGGAAUGUGGCCUGGAGGUUCGUACCUGGGAUGGGUAGCCUGGGCAGAUUUGGGGAGUUGCCCUCUGGCUGUCCUUCUAAAUAAGCUGAUUUGCUUAACCAAAGGGACUGCGUGAGGUGGAGGUCUACAGGGACAGGAAGUGGGUGCUUAGGGCAUGACAGUAGAGAAGCAAAGGCCCCCCAACCCACUACCGUGUGCACUUGCACAAAUAUUUGCACACAUAACUGGGGACUUCAGAAGAGACCCCCUCUGCUGAAGAAAAAUCUGUGAGGUUAAAUAUCCACACUGGACAAUCAACCCCAGGGUCCCAUUCCAUGGCUUCUCAAUCCACCUUUCUCUCUACACGUGUAAUACAGCAAAACCUCAGUAAACUGAUGGGGAAAUCCUCAGGGAAGGGGGCGGCUUGGCUGCUUUACAGUUAUGGUUGUUCGUGUGUGGGAACCUUCGCUAUUGAAAAAAAAAAAAGAAAGAAAGAAACCCAUUUCCUAAGUAGGUUAGUAUAAACUUUCCUGCCUUAGCAAGUAGAGUGUUUGAAGACAACAGAAGACCUUGCAUUGCUCAGGGUCAACGACGUAAACCUCAGUGCUCAUCGUACAGAAAUACAGGCGGAGGAGACCAAAGAGAUAGGCUGAAUGUAUGCUGGCCGCGAGGCGUACCCAGAAGUUGACCGUGUGGGCACGUCCUGGCUCAGCAGAGAAUGCCCUGGCUGUCAUUUGCGUCUUUCUACCGAAAGUGUAGUAAGAAAACGUAAUUCUUGUGUUAAUCGAGGUUUGGGUUAAUUGGUCCCGAGUUAUCAGAGGUUUUCCAUAUAUACAUAUAUCUGUGUGUAUAUAUGUAUAGUAUAUGUAUAUAUGUAUACCAUUGUUUUGAAAAUUAUACAGUGACCGAUCCCCUUAGCUUCACUAAUGUGGAAUACGUUUGGCAAUCCAAGGAAUAAACUGCGUUUCUUUGAA